CGGACAUAACCUGACAUAACCUAACCUUGACACUUGGAUAUUCGAUAGUUCGAUUUAGCGAAAGUGUGUGUGUGUGUGUGCGUGAGAGGGGUUGGGGGCUGGAAAAAGAUAGAACAUAACCUCACUUGUCAUCACAUAAACACGAUAAAGAUGUUUUGAUUUGGAUUUUUGUUAAUAGGUUAACAGUAAAGCAAAAUAAAGUUGCGAUUUAAAAUAGGGGAUAAAUAAUGGCAAAUAAUUCCCGUCGCUUUUUACAAUUAAUCACGGAACGAUUCCACAAGUCCUCGCUUUUAAAUAAUGCGAGUACUGCACUUGGAAAUGCUUCGGAAAAAGCUCAAGAAAAAUUAACAAAUAUGCAACACGUUGCAACUGAAAAAUACGGAAAUAUUGUAAAGCAAGUGAAUGGCGCAGGCACAACUAUAAUACAAGAUUUGAAUGCAGCCGCUUUGCAACCCUCAAGUCCAAUACCAGUUCGACUCAUAAAUUGGUGGAAAUGGUACCAACAAUUAACUGGUUUGGAUACCAUCGAAGUAGCCAAAGCGAACGUAAUUCGUGUCCAGGACACUCUCUUUAAAUGCCAGGAAGAGCGGCGAUCCCUACAUCGCCAGUCUUCUCUCCUAAACGACAAAUUGAAAGAAAUAUACGCCGAACUGGUGCAAACUAAACGCGACGAUUCGAAAUACGUGCAACUGACGAUUAUGGAAAAUAAAGGUCUUCAAGAAGAGGCGAGACUUAGAAAUCAACUGAACCUUUUAGAAAAUGAGGAGAGGGAUCACUUCACCCAGCUGGCUACUGCAAUCAAAGAAUAUCACGACAGUCAAGCUAUGAAUGCUCAGAAAUACAAGUACUUGUCCAUUCUUGCUUCGGCUUUGCUAGCCAUUUUAUCACUAACCGGAUCUAUGAUUUACAAUAACAGGAGGAUAGUCGAUGUUCGAAAUGUGAUAGCUGAGGCGCAGCGUAAAAAUGAAGCUACUUUUAGAGAGAGCUUUCUCUCUUUGGAAGCAAGUUCCAAUGAAAAACUUUCGGAAAUAAUUGAGACUCUGAAAAAGACAAAUUCUCUUCCUUUGCAUGAGAUUAAAUCGAGUAGCACUGUUAGCGAACCGAUAAUUGACUCGAAUCCAGUACCUAAGGCGACUAAUAUGCAGAUUUUGUAUUUACUCUCUGGUAUUAUGCUGUUUCAUUUGGUAUUAAUACAGUCACUGACUUCGUCGUGAUUAUUAAGAUUUAUCUUGGAUUUUAACAGAUCGAUCUUUUGAGUCUUUUUUAGAGUAACAAAUGAAUUAAACUAUUUUUUCUUCUUCAAUUGAUCAAAUUCCGAGAGUAUUUAAAAUUCGGAUUAAUAUUCCUAAUAAUCUCUGGUAGUUAAUCAAAUUAUAUAUAAAUAAUAGUAUCUUUGUAAGAUGCAUAUAUGUACAGAAUUUGGUAUGCUUCGGUGAUUUUAUGUAUCCCUAUUAAUUACAUAGUAGAAGGAACAAUGUAAAAUAUUGUAUUAUAGUAGGAUUUGCGCAAAUAAUUGUUUACAUUUGUUAAAAAGAUUGUUAUAAUAAAAUAUUUAACGAA